CUCGUGUACAGCACGUUCAAACCACGACGACCACUGGAUUCGAGUAGUGUUCAACUAUGGCUACGCUCAGCCCGAUUCCUCUGCCUCCUACAAUCCCAUUCUUAGGGAAUGCAAAUCUUAUCGACGUCGAGCUACCUGUGCGCUCGUUCUUACUUCUUGCAAAACAAUAUGGCGAGAUCUAUCAGCUUACGUUCAGUGGUGGUGUCGUUAUCGUGCAUAUCAACUCUGCUGCUAUGGUUCGGCAAGUUAGCGACGAUGCGCAUUUUAAGAAGUCUGUGAGUCGGGGUUUGAGGGAGGUGAGGAACUUGGCUGGGGAUGGGCUGUUUACUGCUGAUAGCGAUGAACCAAACUGGGGCAUUGCGCAUCGGAUCCUCAUGCCUGCCUUCGGCAUAGCAAACGUUCGCAACAUGUUCCCCGACAUGCAAGACAUCUGCUCCCAAAUGCUUCUCAAGUGGACCAGGUUCGGCUCGUCACACGUCUUCGACCCAUCCGAAGACUAUACACGCUUGACGUUCGACACAAUCGCACUAUGCAGCAUGUCUUAUCGCUUUAACUCUUUCUAUGAGCGUGACAUGCCGCAAUUCACACAAGAGAUGGUAGAGUUUUUGAGUGUCUCGAAUCGACGGGCGUUUAGACCUGCGUUUAUGAAGUUGGUGCCGCUUGUGUAUAAGAAUGAGGAUGAUAAGUAUUUUGAGGAUGCGAAGCAUAUGACUGACCUUGCGAGGGAGAUUAUUAGGAAGAGGAAGGAGGAGUCGCCUGUUGAGCAGCAUGGUGAUUUGUUGGAGCUUAUGUUGGAAGGAAGGGACCCGAAGACUGGCGAGAAGCUUUCGGAGGAGAACAUCAUUUACAAUCUCCUUACGUUCCUUAUUGCGGGACACGAGACAACAUCCGGUCUUUUGACGUUCGCAACAUACUACCUCCUCAAGAACCCAUCCUGUCUCCAAAAGCUACGCGAAGAACUAGACGAAGUCCUCGGUUCCGAAGAUCCCACACUCGAAGAUCUGGGGAAGAUGCCAUACCUCACAGCAGUCAUGCGCGAAACGCUUCGUCUCAGUCCAACCGCACCUGCGCGGAGCGUCGCGCCCCUCCAAGACGCAGAGUUAAUCGGCGGGGACGGUGACCCAGCUAACCCAUCUAACAGACGCUAUGCUGUCAAGAAGGAUCAGUUAGUAGUCGUUCACGCUAUCACCUCCAUGCGAGACCCACUCGUCUGGGGAGACGACGCCGAGUCUUUCCGUCCCGAACGCAUGUUGGACGGGAAAUUUGAAAGUCUACCGGAACAAGCGUGGCAACCCUUCGGGUACGGUAUGCGAGCGUGUAUUGGGAGAGCGUUCGCAUGGCAGGAGGCGAUGCUUGUGCUUGCGUGUGUUUUUAGCCAGUUUGAUUUGUUUUUUGAGGAUUCGGGGUAUUCGUUGGAGAUUAAGCAGGCGUUGACGAUUAAGCCGAAGGAUAUGUUUGUUAGGGCUGUUCCGAGGAGGAGGAAGGGUGGUUCGGUGAGGGUGCCGAGACCGAUUGUUGGGGGUGUGGGUGAAAAAGCGAAGAGUGAUGCUGGAGAGACGAGUCAGGUAGCUGAGGGUGGACAUCCGUUGACUGUGCUUUAUGGAAGUAAUACUGGGACGAGUCAGGCAUUUGCACAGCGGAUCGCGUCUGAUGCACAUCUUCAUGGCUUCAAGGCACAGAUAAACACGCUCGACAGUGCAACAGGUCGCCUUCCCACAAACGGACCAGUCAUCAUCGUAACAGCGUCAUUCGAAGGCGAGCCAGCAGACAACGCAGCUCAGUUCGUUGCUUGGCUUUCCGCUCUCCAACAAUCCGAAACAUCGAAAUCAUCAUCUCUGAAUGACAUCGCAUACACGGUAUUUGGAUGCGGGAACCGAGAAUGGGUAAGGACGUACCAACGUAUCCCGAAGUUGAUCGACGAGAAGAUGAACGAGGCGGGAGCGGAGCGAUUGAUGGAGUGUGGGGAAGGGGAUGCUGGUUCUCCAGAGUUUUUCCAGAAGUUUGAUGAGUAUGAGGAGAGGAUGUGGGGUGUACUUGAGAAGAAAUAUAACGUAACAGGAAAAGCCGGCGGUGCAGACGCAGGACUCGACGUUGAACUUGCUAGUGCAGGUACAGGACGUGCUAAGGUUUUGAGGCAGAUGGAUGCUGAGAUAGGUGAAGUGUUGGAGAAUAGGCUGUUGACGAAGCCUGGAGCGCCGGAAAAGAGACAUAUUGCUAUUUCACUCCCGGAGGGGAUGUCGUACAGGGCUGGCGACUAUCUUGCUAUUCUUCCGUCAAACCCUGAGGAGACUGUUCAGCGGGCUAUGAAACGAUUCAAGCUGACUAGUGAUCAAGAGAUAACGAUCAAAGCUAGUGGACCGACGACGCUUCCCACUAACGCACCAGUCUCUGUCCAUUCGCUUCUCAGCGGGUUCGUCGAGCUAAGCCAACCUGCUACUACACGAGAACUUCAAGCAAUGAAAGCAUCAACGACAAACGAAAGUGUCAUUGCGAAGUUGAACAAAUUGCUGGAGAACUACUCGGAUGAAGUCCUCAAGAAACGUGUCAGCAUGCUCGACUUACUGGAACAAUACCCAGAAAUCAAUUUGUCGCUUGCUACUUUCCUCAAUCUUAUACCGCCGAUGCGGAUUCGACAGUAUUCGAUUUCGUCUAGCCCUUUGGUGGAUGCAAGGGUUGUUUCGUUGACUGUUAGCGUCAUCGACGCACCUGCGAUUUCCGGGAUGUCGAAUAUACGAUUUAGGGGAGUUGCGUCGUCUUUCCUCGCCAGCCUCAAAAAGGGAUCGAAAGUACCCGUCGUAGUCCGUCCAUCAGGCGCACAAUUCGCACUCCCUUCAGACCCAACAACGCCAAUAGUGAUGUUCUGCGUCGGCUCUGGAUUAGCACCGUUCCGCGGGUUUGUACAAGAACGUGCAGCGCAGAAGCUCGCUGGGAGGGAGGUAGGGAGGAUGAUGUUGUUUGUUGGGUGUAGACACCCUGAGGAGGAUUAUUUGUAUAUGGAUGGGGAUGGAGAGAUGAAAGAGUGGGUUGGGAUGGGUGUUAUUGAUAUUCGACCGGCAUUUUCGAGGUGCAAUGAUAAGUCGGAGGGGUGUAAAUACGUUCAGCAUCGUAUGUGGCAUGACCGGAAGAUAAUCACAGAACUGUAUGACGAGCAUGCAAAGUUCUACACAUGCGGCACACGCCAGGCAGCGAACGGGAUCAAGGAAGCCUGUAUCAACAUUAUCAAAGACAACCAUCCGGAUUGGAAUAUUGAGCGUUCGACAGCUGCGUUUGAGCAUAUUCAGAAGGAGAGGUAUGCUGCAGAUGUUUUCGAUUGAUGGGUGUAGGUGUGGUUCUCUUGUUUUCUUGGUAUCUCGGUUUGGUGUAAAGUGAAGUCGAUGGUUCAAAUUAUAGACAGACAGAUACUCGUGUACUUUGUACCUUUACAGCACUGAAGACAGAGUUCAGACUGGUGCUUAG